GCCCGCCUGCCGCAGCCCGCAGCCUGCCGCCGCCAGGUUGUGCUUCAGACUGUCAGAUAAAGCGGCGGGCCGGGCCGGUAGGGCUGUGAGCACGGCCCGGGCCGGACAUGGCGGCGCUCUACGCCUGCACCAAGUGCCACCAGCGCUUCCCCUUCGAGGCGCUGUCUCAGGGGCAGCAGCUGUGCAAGGAAUGUCGGAUUGCACACCCUGUUGUGAAGUGCACCUACUGUAGGACUGAGUACCAGCAGGAGAGUAAAACCAAUACAAUAUGCAAGAAAUGUGCUCAGAAUGUGCAGUUGUAUGGAACGCCCAAACCUUGUCAGUAUUGCAACAUAAUUGCAGCAUUUAUUGGCAACAAAUGCCAGCGCUGCACAAAUUCAGAGAAGAAGUAUGGACCACCAUAUUCUUGUGAACAGUGCAAGCAGCAGUGUGCAUUUGACAGGAAAGAUGAUAGAAAGAAGGUAGAUGGGAAAUUGCUAUGCUGGCUGUGCACACUUUCAUACAAACGGGUCCUUCAGAAGACCAAAGAGCAGAGGAAGCACCUGAGCAGUUCUUCCCGUGCCAGCCACCAGGAGAAGGAGCAGUACAGUCGACUGAGUGGUGGCAGCCAUUAUAACAGGUAACCCCGAGAUGCAUGAGAUAGGACUAGAGGUGCUGGGAGGUC